CAGAGAAAAUAAGUAAACAUCAUCAAAACUGCUACUGGCUGUACUAUUUUCAUAACAGGUGAAAUAAGCAAAACUCCAAGAAAAUUAUUGUUGACUGUGUCUCCGGGAAGAUCCAAAUUUUUUAUACAUACAUAUGUACACAUAAUAUCUGACAAAUUAAUUCAAACCUUAAAUAUGGACGUCUAUAAAAAAGGAAGACACGAUCGCGAUAAAGGAGAUUCAAAAUAUGACCGGAGUAGAGAUCGCUCCAGAAAUAGAAAUCAUUCUCCUGAUCGUCGGAAAGAUGAGCGCGAAAAAAGACGUCAGUCAUCGUCCUCAGACACUGAGAACGAAAAGAGGAACAGAAAGAAGGAAAAGAAAAGCCGCAGGUCACGGUCAAGAUCUCGCACCCGCAAGAGUAAAAAGUCCAAGAAGAAGAGGAAGAGGAGUAGUUCCUCUGGAAGCUCCAGUUCGUCCAGCAGGUCCUCAAGCCCCAAUACAAACGACAGACUGAUGCAAAAACUGGAAGACCAGAGACAGAUGACUGUGGAGGAGCGAAGGCGGCAGAAGGAGAUAAUGAAGGCAACAGAAACGCCAGAAGAAAAGAGACUGCGGCGAUUGAUGAAGAAACAGAACAAGGAGCGGAAACGCAAGGAACGAAUGGGCUGGGACAAUGAAUAUCUCCAUUACACCAAUAAUGACAACCCCUUCGGCGAUGCAAAUCUACUGUCCACAUUUGUGUGGAAGAAAAAGCUGGACAAGGAGGGUCUUGCAGAUGCGAGCCGAGAGCAGCUGGAGGUCGUCAACCGCAGUAAGCAGGAGGAAAAUAAACGCGAACUUGAAAAGGUAAAAAAGAGGAGGCUGGAGAGGGAGCUGGAGCGGCAACAGCGAGAGGACGAGAUGCAGCUCCUGCAGAGACAAAAGGAAGCUGCCCAAUUCCAAGAAUGGGAACGUCAGGAGGACCAAUUCCAUCAUGAGCAGGCGCGUCUGAGAUCUACUAUCCGUAUACAGGAAGGCCGAGCAAAGCCUAUUGAUCUGUUGGCCAAGUAUGUCCACUCCGAGGAGGAUAUAGACGCUGUGGAAAUGCAUGAACCGUAUGCCUAUUUGAAUGGUCUCGCCAUCCAAGACCUGGAAGACCUUAUUGAGGACAUCAAAGUUUACCGAGAACUUGAAAAGGGCCAGAACGCAGACUACUGGAGUGACAUCACGGUCAUUGUACAAGACGAACUCCACAAGUUGCGAAAGUUGGAAGGCGCUGGUGAACACGAGACUGUCGGACGGCGCGAAGGAAUCCACCAGUCUGUUGCCAAUGAGGUAGCAUCAAUCUUCAAAGGAAAAACUGCAGCCCAGUUAGCCGAAAUCCAAAAGCAGAUUGAGGCCACCAUCAACAAAAAGGCUGAGGGCGUUGACAUCGGAUAUUGGGAGUCGUUGCUGUCCCAACUGAAAGCCCACAUGGCUAGAGCUCGCCUGAACGAUCGUCACCAAGCGAAUCUGAGGAAGAAGCUGAUGAUUUUAAAAGAGCAGCAAGGUGUCAAAGAGGAACCUGAGAGUGAUUCUGAACAGGCUGGUCCAUCUACAGUCAAGGAAGAGGAGCCAGGCCACAAAGAGGACAGCAGGGCUUCAAGAAUCACUUCCGAGGAUGACAAUGAUGAAGAAGAUUCAAGGACUGAGCUCCCUGAUACUGGAGAAGCAGACACUUUGCUAAACGACGCCAUCGCUCUUUACGAAAAAGGAAGUUACAGUCCGACCUACAUCAGUCCUGACGCCUUGGAAGCAGGCAUUGUGGUUGUUACGGAGGAGGAUGACGAGAAGCGCAUAAUGUUUGCCAGGCAAAGGGUUUUGGGGCACGGAACCAAAGUGGAGGACGUCACGACGGCAGAGGAGAGAGCGAUGCAGAAGGAGGCUCGUAUGGGCAUGAAUACCGACGAGGUGCAGUUUUCGGUUGAGUCGUCUUUGGAGAAGGAAGUUUAUCUUUGGUCUGACAAGUACAGGCCCCGCAAACCAAGAUAUUUUAACAGAGUUCACACUGGUUUUGAGUGGAACAAGUACAACCAGACUCACUACGAUAUGGACAAUCCUCCUCCUAAAAUUGUUCAAGGGUACAAGUUCAACAUAUUCUACCCUGAUUUGAUUGACAAGAACGCUACGCCUCAGUACUUCUUGACCCCUUGUGGUGACAAUCGCGACUUUGCAAUCCUUCGCUUCCACGCUGGACCACCCUAUGAGGACAUCGCCUUUAAGAUCGUAAACCGAGAAUGGGAGUACUCUUACAAAAGAGGCUUUCGCUGCCAAUUUCAUAACAAUAUCUUCCAAUUAUGGUUCCACUUCAAGCGCUACAGGUACCGACGUUGAUUGUAUUUUCAGUCUAUUAAAGUAUUGAAGUCACUAUUUCUUGAACAA